AAGCACUAGCUAGUAGCUACCAAAAUACCAUUAUUUAAAAGCCUUAGAUAAACAAUUGGUACUUCCAAGUUCCAACUUCAAAAACUCUUAAUUUUUCUCUUAAGAGUUCAAAAUCUUACUCUAAAAAUUCAUAAAAAAAUAUCUAGCUAUGUGGCAUAUUUUAAGAAACCUUAACAAUACAAGAAAGAGUUCAAAGGUGGCUGAUGAAAACAUGUUCCAACAAGGAAACAAUGUUGUUGAGGUACAAAUAUUUGGUCAUGAAAGGGGAAGAAGAAUUAGAAGACAACAUGGUUGGGGGAAUAUUGUGUGUAGUAUUCUUCAAGCUCCUAUAACAAUACUUUCAUGUGUUUCUCAUCCUCAAGUUAAUGGUGCUGAUGGUGUUUGGGUAAAUGGUGGUGGUGGUGAAUUUUCACAAAUUUCUGAAAUGAAUCAUCUUAUGGUAAAUGAUAGCAUGAGAUAUGCAAUUUUGAUGUAGAAAAAAAAAAGAGUGUAAAUAUUCCAAUUGUUGUUGGGUACUUUCUCUUUUUUUUCUCCCUCAUUUUUUUGAACUUUUUUUUUCUUCUUUUUCUAUUUUUUACUUUAGGUGUGAUUGAGUAGAUACCAAAUUUAUGUUCUAGUCCUAGCUUUUAUUUUGAUCAAUUAAUGUAAAAAGAUUUUGGAUUAUUAUGUCAUUGUUAAUAAAUAGGUAUGUGUUUGGUAUGGAGAUGUAAAUAUUAAUGAAAUCCUCAUUCUCUUCAUCUUUA